AUGGAUGCAGGGAAAAUUGCAGGCAUCAAUAUUCUGCGUUUAAUCAACGAGCCAACGGCUGCCGCUAUCGCUUAUGGUCUAGAAAAUAGUUCUAACAUCACGAGGAAGAAAAAUGUUCUUGUUUUUGAUCUCGGAGGUGGUACUUUUGAUGUCUCGGUUCUCACGAUUAAUAGAAAAGGCAACAUUAAAGUCAAGGCUAUUGCUGGUGAUACUCAUCUUGGAGGGGAGGAUUUUGACAAUCGAAUGAUGAAUCAUUUUCUUAAGGAAUUUAAGAGGAAGCAUCGUAAGGAUAUCAGCGGAAAUCCUAAAUCAAUGAGGAGACUAAGAACAGGUUGCGAGAAGGCAAAAAGGAUCCUUUCAUCUUGUUCCGAGACAAGGAUCGAUAUCGACUCCCUGUUUGAAGGCAUAGACUUCUCAGCAGCAAUCACCCGGCCCAAAUUCGAGGAGUUGAACUCCGAUUUAUUCGUCAAAUGCAUUGAGACGGUUGAAAAGUGUUUGGCAGAUGCCAAAAUGAAUAAGAAAGCUUUAGACGAAGUUGUCCUGGUUGGCGCUGUUCAAGCCGCGGUCUUGACCGGAAAUCACAGCAAUGAGAAACUCCAAGACUUUGUACUAAUGGAAGUCACCCCAUUAUCUCUUGGUCUUGAACUUACAGGGGAAGUCAUGAAAGUUCUGAUUCCAAGGAAUACUGUCCUGCCCACAAGGGUAACAAUGAAAUUUACCACUUCAAAUACGGUGGACGAAAAAUCUUGCCUGCGAAUUAAAGUGUUUGAGGGCGAAAGAGCGAGAACAACCGACAACCAUUUCUUAGGCGAAUUUGAGCUUGAGGGCAUUAAAAAAGCCCCCAGGGGAACUCCUAGAAUCGAGUUGUGCUUUGAUUUGCAAGUCAAUGGCAUUUUGAAUGUGUCCGCUCGAGAUAUGAAUACCGAUCAAAAGAAAAGCAUCAGAAUCAACAGCGGAAGAUUAUCGAGAGAUGAAAUAAAUAGGAUGAUAAAGGAAGCCAACAAGUUUAAGGCCAUGGACGAAAAGCGAAGGGAGAAGUAUGAAGCAAGGGAAAUUUCGCUCACUUUCCUAAGAAGGUUCAUGGUUGACAAUACUGCUGGGGAUGACAAAGAUCCCCAAGAGGGAUACGCUACACUAUACAUACAUACCUCCCUAGCUAUCCCAACGAAUUAA